CGCACACUGCAGCGGGAUGCAAUCGACGGCCUCGAGACAUGGGAGGCAGCGGAAGGGCGGACGCGAAGGCAGGGAUCGCGUGCAAAGCGUAUAUUUAAACAGGGAGCGGUCAGGUCAGCGCUGGGAAGGGCGGCUUUGUCUCAGAGGAUACUUUGGAGAGAGAGAGAGAGAGAGAGGAACACGGUGGCCAAAAGUCACCACUGCUGUCUAAAAUAUACGCACACUAUCUUGGCACAGUGGCUUGGAUCUGAACAAGUAUGCCAGCGAACGCGUCCUGAGAUCCACUUCCAUCACUGCCACCACCGUCUCUCCUAUUCUACUGUUCCCUCUCUGCUUCCUCCUCUCAUUCGGAGUACAAGGAACGGCAGGAGGAGGGAGGUGUAGCUGUUUGAGAGAUUGGCUCGAGUAUGGGAGCUCGAUGCUCCAGAUUGUCCCUCUGUUGGUGGCCGUCCCAUUUCAAGUCCUCUGUGCUCGAACCCGAUGAGCUCGAGAACGGGGGAGACGACAGCGACGGCGGCGGCUUCACGGAGUACAGCUUGGAUGAGCUGCGGGCCGCCACGGACGGAUUCGCCCCCGACUACAUCGUCUCCGAGCACGGGCAGAAGGCCCCCAAUGUGGUCUACCAGGGCCGCCUCCUCCCCGGCGACCGCGCCGUCGCCAUCAAGCGCUUCAACAAGUUCGCCUGGCCCGACGCCCGACAAUUCCUCGAGGAGGCGAGGGCGGUGGGGCAGCUCCGGAGCGACCGGCUGGCCAAUCUCAUCGGGUGCUGCUGCGAGGGCGACGAGAGGCUGCUGGUGGCCGAGUUCAUGCCCCACGAGACCCUGGCCAAGCACCUGUUCCACUGGGAUACACGACCUUUGAGUUGGUCGAUGAGGAUAAGAGUGGCGCUGUAUCUUGCCCAGGCAUUAGAAUAUUGCAGCAGCAGAGGGCGUGCACUGUAUCAUGAUCUCAAUGCUUACAGAGUUCUCUUUGAUGAGGAUGGUAAUCCCAGGUUGUCCUGUUUUGGUCUCAUGAAGAAUAGUAGAGAUGGGAAGAGCUACAGUACAAACUUGGCCUUCACACCGCCAGAGUACCUCAGGACAGGGAGAGUGACACCAGAAAGUGUAGUGUACAGCUUUGGGACACUUCUGCUCGACCUUCUUAGUGGAAAGCAUAUUCCUCCAAGCCAUGCACUUGACCUGAUUCGUGGCAAGAAUUUUCGGACACUGAUGGACUCUUGUUUAGAGGGGCAUUUCUCAAAUUCUGAUGGAACUGAGUUGGUUCGAUUAGCUUCUCGUUGUUUGCAAUACGAACCUCGUGAGAGGCCAAAUGUUAAGUCACUGGUGACUUCUCUGGAAUCUCUUGAAAAGGAUGCAGAGGUGCCAUCAUAUACACUGAUGGGCAUUCUGAGUGGUCCCGUGACUUCCAAGCAAACGCUUAAAUUAUCACCAUUUGGCGAAGCUUGUGCAAGGUUGGACUUAAUAGCUAUAUAUGAGAUACUGGAGAAAGUUGGGUACAAGGAUGAUGAGGGAAUAGCCAACGAUUUGUCUUUCCAAGUCUGGACCAGCCAAAUUCAGGAGACUCUGAACACUAAGAAGCAUGGGGACAAUGCUUUUCGAGCUAAAGAUUUUGGAACUGCAAUUGAUUGCUACACCCAGUUUAUGGACGGUGGGUCAAUGAUUUCUCCAACUGUCUUGGCACGACGGUGUGUAUCAUACCUCAUGAAUAAUAUGCUGCAAGAAGCUCUUGGAGAUGCUAUGCAGGCACAGGUAGUCUCACCAGAGUGGCCUACUGCUUACUACCUUCAAGCCGUCGCCCUUCUCAGUCUUGGAAUGGAUAGUGAUGCCGAAGAAAUGAUUAAAAAUGGUACUAAGCUAGAAUCCAAGAGGAAAAGCAGAAACUAAUAUACAUAAAUUUCAUAUGAUUUCUUUUUAUCGUAUUCUGUACCUAUUUCCUUUUUUUUUUUUUUUUUUUUACAAUCAGGUUUGCUUUUCUACCUUUCGCCCGUUAACGAUAGAGUCUUCAAGGGUGGAAGGAGUUUGAUUCCUUUGUAGUAUGUCAUGUCUGCAAGAACCAAGUUAUAUUUGACAAAAGGUGUUGGAAGGGCAUUACAAUGGAAACAACUUCCAUUUGACCACAAGGAAAAAAAGAAGCAGACUGUAACAAAAGUUCAUAUCUAAGAUUUGUAACUCUGAAUCACAAAUAUAAAUUCUGCCAAAAGUGUGUUUCUUCACUA